ACGCUACAGUGGGCAUUGCAAUACUGCUGUAAUUGGAAACAUUCAACAAUCGCUUCGUUUAGUUUCGUAUCAUAGGACAGACAGCACAAUCUAAAUUCCGGAGGAAAUCACUCGUAGGAAGCAUUUGGAAUACAGUAACGUAAGAGUUUUGUUGUACAUGCAAAAUCUACAAAGGCUUGUUGAAAAAGGUAUAGGCUCUGAAACAAGGUCCAGUGAUGAGUUUCUUUAGUUUUGGUCAAAGUGCAGAAAUCGAUAUCGUUUUGAAAGACGCUGAGACAAGAAAGAGAGUUCAACAUAAGACUGAGGAUGGGAAAAAGGACAAAUAUUUUCUGUUAUAUGAUGGUGAGACAGUAUCUGGAAACGUCAACGUAACACUUAAGAAUCCAGGGAAAAGACUCGAGCAUCAAGGCAUCAAAAUUGAGUUUAUUGGGCAGAUUGAGCUGUACUACGACAGGGGGAACCACCAUGAGUUUGUGUCUCUGGUUAAAGACUUGGCCAGACCGGGAGAGCUAACACAGUCCCAGGCCUUUGACUUUGAGUUCACACACGUGGAGAAACCAUACGAGUCCUACACAGGCCAGAAUGUCAAAUUACGCUACUUUCUGAGGGCAACGGUAAGCCGGAGACUGAACGACAUCAGUAAAGAGAUGGACAUUGUUGUGCACACGCUCAGCACAUACCCAGAACUCAACUCGUCGAUCAAGAUGGAAGUGGGAAUCGAAGACUGUCUACACAUCGAGUUUGAGUACAACAAGUCCAAAUACCACCUAAAAGAUGUAAUCGUGGGAAAGAUUUACUUCCUCUUGGUACGGCUCAAGAUCAGACACAUGGAGAUUGACAUCAUCAAGAGAGAAACGACAGGCACGGGCCCAAAUGUGUACCAUGAGAACGACACCAUAGCCAAGUAUGAGAUUAUGGACGGAGCACCAGUGAGAGGGGAGUCCAUCCCUAUCCGACUAUUCCUGGCUGGCUAUGAGAUGACUCCUACAAUGAGGGACAUCAACAAGAAGUACUCUGUGCGGUACUACCUCAACCUGGUGCUCAUAGACGAGGAGGAGAGGCGUUACUUCAAACAGCAGGAGAUCACUCUGUGGAGGAAGGGGGACAUAGUGAAAAAGAGCAUGUCCCACCAAGCGGCCAUCGCCUCACAGCGCUUCAAGGGCUCGUCCAGUGCAGAGAAAGCCCUUGCUCAGGCCCAGGCUAAGGAACAGUAAAACUCCAGAAUAGCCUACACUCCAUCACUUUGUACAGGUGUGUGUGUCUGUGUGCAUGUACAGUGUGUGUACGAUGUAGUGUACAUGUCUGUGAAUCUAUGAAUGUGAGAAAGAAUGCAUGUGUUUUUUCACUGCAUCUAUGAAUGUGUGUGUGUUUAUCAGAGCAUCUUUGAAUGAGACCAUGUGUGUGUUGAUAUUCAAUAUGUGAACAUCAGCCAUCUUAGGCAUAUAUUUCUACCCUCGCCCAUUUCAACAUCGCCAUCUCACCACAAACACUGAUGGCACUUUCUACAACAACUGCAGUUGAAAAGGGAUGACAAAUUUCAUGUUUGAAGAAAUAAGGCAUUCUCAGGGUA